UGGAACAAAUAUGGCCGCCCCGGCGUCCGUCGGCUCCUCGGGCUCCCGCAGUCCUCGGCUGCCCGCCGGCCUUCGGCUGUUCCCCCUACUGGGGCUGCUGCAGCUGCUGGCCGAGCCUGGCCUGGGCCGCGUCCACCACCUGGCGCUCAAGGAUGAUGUGAGGCAUAAGGUUCAUCUGAACACCUUUGGAUUCUUCAAGAAUGGGUACAUGAUGGUGAAUGUCAGUAGCCUUUCAGUGAAUGAGCCUGAAGGAACCACAGACAAGGACGCAGCUAUUGCAUUCAGCCUAGACCGCACAAAGAAUGAUGGAUUUUCUUCUUAUCUGGAUGAAGAUGUGAAUUACUGUAUUUUAAAGAAACAGUCUGCCUCUGUCACCCUUCUAAUCCUAGACAUCUCCAGAAGUGAAGUGCGAAUAAGAUCUCCACCAGAAGCUGGUACCCAGUUACCAAAGAUCAUCUUCAGCAAGAUUGAGAAAGUCCUUGGUCAGAACCAGGAGCCUGGUGUUAACGCUGUUUCAGCAGGCAGCCAGACUCAGAAAAAACAAGACAGUGGAAAGUCUGAAAGAAGUACAGUGGAUUCAAAGGCAACAGGAGAGAAAUCCUUUUCUGUUCGUAAUAAUGAUGGGGCAGUUUCAUUUCAGUUUUUCUUUAACAUCAGCACUGAAGACCAAGAAGGCCUCUACAGUCUUUAUUUUCAUAAAUGCCCUGGAAGUGAAAUACGGUCUAAUGACAAGUUUUCAUUCAGCCUCGAUAUCGACAUCACAGAGAAGAAUCCUGACAGCUACCUCUCAGCGGGAGAAAUUCCUCUCCCCAAAUUAUACAUUUCUAUGGCCUUUUUCUUUUUUCUCUCUGGGACCAUCUGGAUUCACAUCCUUCGAAAACGACGGAAUGAUGUAUUUAAAAUUCACUGGUUGAUGGCCGCCCUUCCUUUCACCAAGUCUCUUUCCUUGGUGUUCCACGCAAUCGACUACCACUAUAUCUCCUCCCAGGGCUUCCCGAUCGAAGGGUGGGCUGUGGUGUACUACAUCACUCAUCUCUUGAAAGGGGCACUGCUGUUCAUCACCAUCGCACUCAUUGGCACCGGCUGGGCUUUCAUUAAGCACAUCCUUUCUGAUAAAGACAAAAAGAUCUUCAUGAUUGUCAUCCCGCUUCAGGUCCUGGCAAACGUGGCCUAUAUCAUCAUAGAGUCCACCGAGGAGGGGACGACUGAGUAUGGCUUGUGGAAGGAUUCCCUGUUCCUGGUGGACCUGCUGUGCUGUGGAGCCAUCCUCUUCCCGGUGGUAUGGUCAAUCAGACAUUUACAAGAAGCAUCAGCAACAGAUGGAAAAGCUGCCAUUAACUUGGCAAAGCUGAAACUUUUCAGACAUUACUACGUCUUGAUCGUAUGUUAUAUAUACUUCACCAGGAUCAUUGCAUUUCUCCUCAAACUUGCUGUUCCGUUCCAGUGGAAGUGGCUCUACCAGCUCCUGGAUGAAAUGGCCACGCUGGUGUUCUUUGUUCUAACGGGGUAUAAGUUCCGUCCAGCUUCAGAUAACCCCUACCUACAACUUUCUCAGGAAGAAGAUGACUUGGAAAUGGAAUCUGUUUCUGGAAAGUGGGGACUGUGUUUCUGCCGCAGCACAGAGAGGUCACGUGACUCGGGCAGGCUUACACCGCAUGCAGAGAGCGGGUCAGGAUUUGAACCCAGAGUGACCACGUCAGGGGUGAUGGAGAAUAUGAAGAAAGUCAAGAAGGUGACCAACGGCUCGGUGGAGCCGCAGGGUGAGUGGGAAGGCAGCGCGUGAUGGAGCAGCUCCGAGGCGGCACUGUCAAAGGAAACAAUUGAUUCAUAGUCCUGUUGGUCAGCGAGAGAGGUCGGCCCCUCCCGACGGUGACACCGCAGAGCACGUGGCUGGGAGCAAAUUACCACGGAAGCCGAACUUUUCACUCUUUUCUGGAAGCCGGAUCUGUGGCUAGUGAUAGGCAGCUAGAAUUCUCCUUCAGGUGGGAGUGCUGGGUAGGGGGUGUAAGAGAAGGAGGUUAAAAGGAAGACUUUGUUUUUAAUCUCUAUUAUUUUAAAUUGGGAACUCUUCAGGUAGGUGCAGUUGUGACCUAGUGUGUAGCAGCGGAAUGUUGGUGGAUGGGGCAUGGUGGGUGGCGGUGUGUCUGCAGCCGUUCAGGGCAUGGGAAGGGGCUUUAGGAAACGAGCAGAUGUCGAGUGGGGCACGGGGGCUCACAAAGAAGGGAGCGGCGAGCAUCGCUGCGUCUUGGGGAGAAAAAACGAGUGAGAUCAGGUUAUUUUAGAAAGCAAAGUCAAAACCCAAUUUAGUAUUAAGAACCUGCCCCAGGAUUUCUGGCCCUGAAUGUCACCGCAGACCUUCAUCCCGGAUUCUGAAAGUGACCAGGAACAACGGUCGUCCGAGGGCUGCGGUGUCAGAGUAUAGGCCCUGGUGGUGGCAAAUGGUUCUCUUGACUGAAGUGUGUUGUGUUACCUAAUGGAUGGACGGAAGUGUGUUUUUAAGCUCGAAAAGCCGCCUCCUGUAGGAUUUCCCUGAACAUCUGGUUCCCCCGACGGCCCAGAGCAGCACCGUCUCUGGCGGCCCUCUCUUCUCGCAGCUGCAUCUAUUUUGUGUGAUCAGAAUAUGGGGAAACAGGAAGGACUUUUCCUUAAGGAGCAGCUGGGGGCAGAAAGGAUAAUGUUGAAGCAAAUCCUUAAGGCAAAUCGUCAUCAUGACAAAGCUUUUCCUGUAGCCAGGUAGGACUUCUAAAGGGAGGAAUGAAGCAGACCUUGUCCCUGUAUUCCAAGAGUAAGUAUGUGAAGAAGAUGAGGGUGAUUAAACAGGUUUACUCUCGGGGUGUGGGGAUGAUGAGAUCUUUCACAGAACCUCAGUGAGGUUGCCUUCCAAACUUUCAGAGCUUGGAGAGGAACACGGAUAGCUUGCCAGAGGUGAACAGUAUUGCAGCUCGUAGCCAAGUCAUCUGAGUAGUGGGACAAGCUCAGAAGGUUCACUGUGAUGGAGGGCAUAGCAGGGCUUACCGCUCAUUUCCUACUAAGGCUUUGGCUGCCAGAGCCUGAGCUGGGGACUGAAACACUGCAUCAGGCAAGCUCCCUGGAGCGUGGGGUCCCGGCCGGGCCGGGUAGCUCCCGGUGCCCACGUGCGUCAGGAGCCCGAGCCCCACCCGACCUCCUGGCCUGCCUCCUGGGUGCUGGAUGGUGACAGUAGCUGGUGGUUAUUCUCUUGCCUCUGGCUUGGAAGGGUCGAUCAGAAGCCACAAGAUUUAGGGGUGCCGCUCAGUAUGCCCGGUUUGGGAACCUGAAGUGUCUUUACUCAGAAAACAGUUGUUUUCCCUCUCCUGUACCAUUGUCACUUCCUAAAUGGCCAGUGAGGAAGCAAGUGUCCUUUUUAUGCACUUCGAUGAGCCCUCUGUGCUCUGCCCAGUGCCACCUCCACAGGGGCUCGGUCCUGGCUGAGUGAGGAGGAAGAGCCAGCAUCUUCCAAGGUCGCUGCUGCCCAUCUCUCCGCAGAUAUCUUAGGGAAGGGUUCGUGUGUCUUCCCAUCUUCAGGGGCAAGGGAAUAUGCCCCAAGUAUUCAUCUAAGGGCCUUUUUUUGUCUUUUAAGUAAUCUUGGAGCUGUGUGACGGGAGAAGGAAGUGGCAGGGAGGACGGGAGUAUUUUUCAGACUUUGUUUUCCUGAUGUGAACACCAUCCCAGUGAUUAAGAAAUGUGUCUCAUACUGUGUCCAAAACUCCCUUUGGUGCUUCCCUCCGAGGGACGUGUUUGCUGUUUGUCCUGCAAGCAGAUGUUCUCGACUAGGCCAAGACCUCUUGGCAAGAACCAAAGGUUUGAGGAAACACACACACACACACACACACACACACACACACACACGAAAGGGUCUCCACGGAGGUGUCCUCACUUCAUGUGCUGGAAGCGGGGAAGCGAGUGAAUGAAGAUGAGGGUGUGCAUGUGGGCUGGCACCGGCCCCUGCUCAGCCCUCCUGCUCUGAGGUCCCCGGGCCCCAGCCGUCACAGGAGGGCAUGAGCCAGAGGGCUGGGCUUCUCUGUGGUACCGGGUGGUCUUCAAAUCCCACGCGGCACCUCUAGGCUCACAGAAUGGCUGAGAGGCUGCAGUUUUACAGUCCUGACCCUUCUGGAACCGGAAGG